GCAGGUAACGCGCGCCUUUUCCUGAAUAUGAUAUCUUAUGAUAAUAAUUAUUGUUCUCGAUUGCUACUUAGUACAAAUUGAAAAUUUUUAAGCGUUACUACUGUGAUUUUUUUUACACUUACUUUUACUGAAAAUGAACACGUGCGACCAUUCCACAAUCAAAAAGUGAACAAUGAACAGACCUAUUUGGACGUUGCCCCUAAGCGAAAACACGAUAGUCAAACUUAAAAAACAAGGAUUCAAAUGUUGCGAGGAUUUAAUCGAUUUGCCAGACGGUACAAGCCAUUUAAAAGGAUUUGUAGAAACGGAAAAUGAAAUCCGCGAAAUGCUUAAGUGUCCACAAUCCAAAACUGCUUCAGAAUUGGACACGAACCGCGAUUGUAUAGCUACAUUCUCUAAGGGUAUAGAUGAUCUGCUAAACGGUGGAGUACAACUUGGGCAGUUAACAGAACUCACAGGUGCUCCGGGAUCUGGAAAAAGUCAAAUAUGUAUGCAAUUAUGUGUUGCUGUUCAAAUACCUUCAUGCUUCGAAGGUCUAGAGGCUGAAGCCAUUUACGUAGAUACCAACUCAAAUUUUUCACGCCAUCGAUUAACAGAAAUGAUGGAUGCUUUUCUGGGACAUGUUUCAAAAGUGUUGUCGAAGCCAAAUGAGUUUAAAGGAGCAAAUAUAAAUUUACUAAAGAGUUUAACCACAGCCAGUAUGCUAGAUAAAAUCCAUAGAAUUAAAAUGAAUGACUUGAACCACUUGUACGCGUUGUACGACGUCAUUGAACAGCAUCCCAAAGUCAAGUUAAUAGUGGUCGACAGUUUUGUUAUGCCAUUGUAUACCGUGGAAAAUUCGCUGAAAAAAAAUGCACUCGUCCACAACGCUUUAGAUUUACUGCUAGGCAUUGCUCAUAAACACGGUAUAGCUGUGGUCCUCACAAACGAUCUGACUACAGUAGUGAACGAAAAAGAAGCCGAAGUGUUUCCAGCUUUAGGCGAAACGUUCGCCCAUCGAGUUCAUUACAGACUUUUACUGAGCAAAAUACCAAAUAUCCCUAACGGCUAUACCGCAUUGCUUAAGAAAAGUAUGGAGCACGAACGUUCUGCCGCUCGUUUCCUAAUUUCAACGGAAGGAGUGCGGGACCUGCAGCGGAUAGAAUAAAAUGCAUUAUAGAAAUUUCACGGUUAUCUUAAUUGUGCAUGUGUGUGUCCAUGUACGUAUAAGUGAAAAUCGGCCAUCCAUAGGUGUGGACUUCAUUACCUUGAAACGUACUGAGAAAAUGAAAACAAAAAAAUAUAUUUAACAACUGCGCGUCAGAGAGAAAAAUACUGAUCAGUAGAAGUAAUUAUUUUAGUAAAAAUAUUCAACUUAAAACUAGUUCUUAAUUUGAAUGAUUAAAGAUAAAA